CCUCACUGCAGAGCACACAAAAGCUCAUGUCAGACGCCCCAUCUUCGAUGGUGGCAUCGACACACACAGAGACAUCGGACACAUUCGUGUAUUUUCAAUCCUUCUUUACUAUGGCGCAAAAGAGUGCCGAACGGCAUAUGACUUUCCUUCCUUCGUUCAGACAGGUGGCCUUACAGAUCAUCAUGCACACAUCCCCGCCCACCCCACCCCACCCAACACAUAGACGUGAGUCGAUCAACAGAGACUUAUCUUCCCGCUCCGUCCAUGAAGGUCGUCAGCAGCGCUGCCGCCACUCUGGACGGCUCCCCAGUCCCCCCCGUAUCGUCUAGCAGCGUGUGGCGUGACAUGUCGUCGCCGUGCAUGACUUCGUCAGCCCCAUCAGCCGCUGCCGCCCCUGCUGCUGCUGCCGCUGGCUGCUCGUGCUGAAGCUGUGGUGGGUCCCUCUCGUACCGCAGCCUGUAGGUGCUCUCGAUCAGCUGCCUUAGAGUGUCGAGACGGGACCACACCACGGCCGGGAGCUCCUGCAGCCACACACACAGACAUAUGACACACAUGAAGGGAGGAAGAAGUGUGAUUGCAUACUGUGUCUGCGGAGUCAGCCGCAUGGCUGAAGAGGAGCGCUGAGUCAGGGUCACGCUGCAGGCCCGAGAGGAUAGAUACGAAAUCCUCCAGGCGCAGCAAUGCACUGCGGCGGCAUUCUGAACACGCACACACACACACGCGCCACACACCAGCAAUGCACAUCGCGCAUGUCAACCACAAGAUUCUUUCUCAACCUACUCAGCUCUUGGAGCGGGAAGGCAGACCGCAUCUCGGUGUACAGCCCCAGCUUUUGGAUGUCGGCCUGUGAGGGGGGCUGUGCUGCGACCUCGUCCAGACUCAGCGACUUCCUGCGGGUGUCCUCGCUGCCGACGCUGAGCCCAUAGGACGCUCGCAGAUACAGCGACACGCCCUCGGGCAUUUCCACCUCAACCCCACAGGCUUGUGCCGCCGGUGCUGCUGCCGCCGCUGCUGCCGCCGCUGGCUGCUCGUAUGCCGCUGAGAUUAGAGAAAGAGGAGCAGCUCAUCAUGAUGCAGGCCUGCUGUCAAAUCACGCCGUGUAUGUGUGGUUUCGCUCACCCCCUCCGUGUGCGCCCAUCCCAAAGGCGACCUUCCGGCCCCCGUCAUUUGCUGGCUGGUUGAGCUGAACCGCAAUGGAUGAGAACAGCAGGUGGACGUACAGGAGACACAGCCCCUCGAGCACCCUCUUCGCCCGCUGGAUCCAUGUCUCCCCAUGGACGCCGUGCGGUGGGAGGGGAGACGGGAGGGAGGGCGUAAGCUGCGCGAUGGCCGCAUACUGGCGCAUGCUGGCCUCGCGUAGAUACUCCCAGAGCAGGGAGGGGUCGCGCGGCUGGCGGGGCAUUGGAUGGAACGGGAUGUUGAACUUGAAAACCGCCUCGACUUGCAGACCGCGAAGCAUGCUGAAGGGCAACCAUCAAGUGGAAUACAUGCACAUGUGCAUAUUCUCUUGGUCUUUCUCACGCCAUGACUUGGUCUCGCCCGAAUUUGAUGGCCUUCAUGCGAUCCGUCCACUGCCGCUCGUCUGUCUGAUAGGGAUACGCACACAUGAAGAACACGACUAUCAGCAAGACAGCAACGCCGCCAUCCCAUCUGAUGAUCCUACGGUGGAAUCGUGUCGUGAAGGGCUGGAGACGUCAAGUUCCAUCAUCCCGUAACCUCCACCCCCGGCUGCAUCAUCACCCUCGACCGCCUGCUCCUUCACCCUCUCUGCCCCAAACCAUGAAAGCCCCACGCCUGGGCUCCCCCUUUGGCGUCUGCCUCCACCCCGUGGCGGCGAUGCGAGGGGUGUGGCGUCCUCGAAUUCGAACAGCGGCUGCAGCUGCGGCCUGACCCCUCUCUGCCCUGUGUGGCGACCUGCUGUCCCAGCUGCUGGCGACACUGCGGCCACUGCAGCGGCCAUGGGCUCGUCCUUGACGUGUCCCUUGUCUGCUUGCUCUUCCUCCUUGACCGGGUGCUUGGCGAGGAACAACGGCAGCGCCAGAGGGGCCGAGCCUCGGCGCUCAAACAAUAAUUGUCGGCGCCUGCGUCGCUCUGUUGCUGGUCUGGCGGCCACAGGAGCAGGCAUAGGCUCAUCGUUGAUGUCGGCCUGUCCCUCCAACGCAGCCGAGACAUGGUGCUUUCGAUGGUUGCGGACUUCCUGUCUUGCUUACGCGUCUGCUCCGCUCCUAGGCUGCCUUCUUGGCGCUCCUGCACUAGGUGGUGCACUGUCCCCAACGCCUUCCGGUUCUUAAUGGAGUUGGCGUAUCGCUGUAAAGAGCACAGAGCUCUUACAUUGCGCCACACACACACACGUGUUUCCUUGCGCAUACUCCGUAGUCUCGCAUAUUCUCAUCGCCCCACUCAUAUAGCUGCAGGAAAGUCAAGGUUGCUUUCUUAUUUGUCUACAGCUGCCAGCAUCCGUACCGUACCCGUAUGUUGUUGGGGGUGCAAAUGGCGUAGUCCCCUUCGGCGACACUCCAGAUGCAGACCGGAUCUUUCAUCCUGUCAUGCUCACCACAAAGCUGGGCGAUGGCCUUCUCAUUCACCAGGAAGCCUGAACAGAGACGCAGACGCAGACGCAUUUGAAAACACCACACAUCCAACGCGUUUCAUGGACGGUACCCUGGUCGAUCAUGAGCCGAAGGCACACGCGCACGCCCAGCUGCCAAGGGCUAUUGCCCUUCUUCCACCACACAAACGAGCCCACGGGGACUGAAAGUGACCCGAAACAAACAGAGAGAUGGACAAAGACAAAGUCACCCAACAAGCAGCGGGCACGAUCCAUGGGCCAUGGUGGAGUAACUGCGGGUAUGAUGACUCUUACGCUCUUGUUUGCCGGGUGAGGGUGCAUCGCCAGCUGCCGAAGACGCCAUACUUCCUUUUCGAAUCGCGCAAUGUGGAGCAGAGGAGGAAGAGAUGAAUGAAUGGACAGAUGGACUGUCUGAU